AUGCAGCCCCGCAGCGACGAAAUGCUACGGAGGGGCCUAUCGUUUUUGAGCCAACGUGCUGACGAGGAACCAUGCAACACAGCACAUGUUCCAAACCAGUCAAAUAUCAUCCUGCAUAUUCCAAGACGAUUUAUGGCAGUUCGCAUGUUGAACAAGAAGUGGCAUAUCCCUCAAGCUCAAAAUUGCUAUGGUUUCGUGCUGUUCAAACACCGUUCUGCAAGAGGUAAGCGCACCAUGCAUGCACGUUUGGCAUCUGUUGGAACUGUUGACAUUCGGCUCUUCAUGCUGCACAAACCGUUCUUACAAACCAAUCAUUGCAAGCAACCGCUUAUUCCCAAUCACCAACAACCAGAAACAACCAAUGACAGCACAAUUUGUUAUGUUGAUGCCACGCCAGAUUGA